AUGCGAACCUCGCACGACUCCACCUGCCUCUCACGCCGAUACGAACGAGCCCAAACGGAAAACAACAGGAUCCAAAAACUCUUACUAUCCGAAUAUUGUGAUUUUUCUGAUACCGUUCUCGUUGAAUCUCCUUUCGCUGAAACCACUCGUAAUGGACACGGUUUGCGUCAAGUAGCACUCGGUCUGACAUCUCAGAGAUUGAUCGUAGCUGCUGAUGUCUUCAAAAAGAAUUCCGAUAAUUUUCUCUGUCCGGCUGACCUGGAUCCAAGCAUCGAAAGUUUCGAGCUCGUCUCUGUGUAUCCUCUGGAAUAUAUAACAUUGAGUAUAUUCGCGAGAAGACAACGUAAAACUUUAAAAGGAAGUAAUUGUCUUGGAUCAGAUAUUUCUUAUAAAAGUAAGAUAUUUCUUAGGCUGAUAGACGGCAGAACACAUUAUUACGAGCUCGGUGGAAUUCAUCGCAGGGAACUCUUUUGGAAAAUUUGGUGCGAUCAGGUACGAGAUUUACUCGUGAAAAAGACAAAAAGUAGCUCGUUAUCCGAGACCAGUGCUGCGAGUUCUUCAAGUACGACCACCGUGUACUUUCUAUCAUCCGAAAUUGAAGUUGAUGAUAAUUAUUCUGGAAAAAAGAAAAAAAACGUGUACAGAAUCUGGGCUCAUUACGGAGGUGCUGGUGAUGGUAUCCGUCCAAACUGGCCGCACAAAGAUCUCUACCUUGGACCAUCCUAUAAUGAAUUAAUGUUCGGUUAUUACACUCCUAUUCCUGUGAGAUUUGCUGGGGCUAGCUUAGAAGAGAUCAAAUAUACAUUGGCUGAUCAUUCUCUAAAUAAAAUUGCUAACAAGAAACCUUGUCAAAGUUGGCCGGAGUGUCGUAAUAUCAAGUAUAGAAAAAAAACGCAACAUGGCGACGAUCUGUGCGAUGUUCUGUUCAUUAGAGAAAAAGAUCGACAGAUCCUUACUAGCUGUAAUUGUUCCUCAUGCGAUCAUCGCAAAUCUCAAGAAAAAUUACUCGAAACUCAAUGGAAAGAAAGUUGUGAAAAUCAAUUACAUAUUUUUUCUUUAGAAUUUACGAAGAGUUCGAGAAGAAUUUUGGACAAAUCUAUGGAACAUUCAGGAAAGAAACCAACGAAAUUUAUCCGCAAAAAGGAACAACAACAACCGAACAUAUUGAUAUCGAAAGUCUCACGAUUUGGAUUCGGUGUUCCAGAGAAGUGUAGUUCGGCUUUAGUAUUAGAUUCAUCUAAAAGAGGUUAUCGUUACAACAAUAAAUUGACCGGGAACCAGAAUCCAAUAGAUAUUUACGAAUUGAUUGAGAGUAGCGUCAGGAUGUGGGAGGAUCGGCAAAAGGGUCGAUCUAGGCCAAGGAAAAAUCGAAGACACUUGAGGAGAUACGGCUUGACCACAGCUGCAUACUUCUUUCGUGCUCUUGGACCUUGGUCUGUUCAAUCCGGGGAACGAGAAUCUGUUCAAGGUCGUAGAACAUUGAGUGAAGUGAACAUAAGAAGACAAUACGUGGAACCUGAACUAAGAUUGCCUGUCUCUCGCCGUCAGCUCGUAGCAAGCGUGUCCUGCAGUGCUUUGGAACCUGGAGGAUGCAGUGCUAUCGGUCCAGCAACGAGAGAACAAGUUAUACUAUUCUGGACUCCGGAAUAUUGGUACAGACCCAGAGCAGCGAUCACAGCUUACAGAGAACUCAGAAGACACCUGGCAUCGAUCAAAGAUUUUCGACAGAAGAAAGAACGACAGAAGAACGAGAAAAGAUUCUUCUACGUUUGCAAGAAAUCCCUACCCGGUAAAAUGAUGAUGAUGGAAUCGAACGUUUCCUUGGAGGAAAAAUCGGGCAGUCUGUUAAAACGAAUUUUUUCUACAAGUGGACCUAACAAAAAAAGAGAUAAGAGGAAGGAACGUAAGGAUAAUAAUAAUGAUGAUGAUAGUACGAUGUACCAAUUGAAAAGACACUUGAAAAUGGAAAUGCGUGUUACUGUAUGGGACUUGGAUAGCAAUACUCUGGCUAAACAAUUGACUAUGAUAGAUAGAGAUCUCUUUAUUCGUAUACCUAUCUCGGAGAUUGAGAUCAUCGUCUUUCAAAAGUCAUCGAGAAAUGCACCGAAUCUUGGAGCUUGGGUUGCAUUUGGUCAUAGAAUAACUUGCUUAACGAUCAGUGAGAUACUUGCUAUGAAGAAGAUCGAUAUGAGAGUUAGGAUCAUGGUUAGAUUUAUUAAUGCUGCGAACAAAUGUUUCGACAUAGGAAAUUUUCAUUCUUGCAGAUCUAUUUUAGCUGGUCUCCAGGCACCACCGAUUUAUCGGCUGAAAUCGAGUUGGUCCUAUUUACGAAUUCAUCAUGCCAACAGAUAUUCCAUUAUGGAGAGACUCUGCAAGAUUUAUAAAAGUCCUGACUCUUGGAUAUAUCGAAAAGCAUGGGCAAAAGCAAAAAGAAAUCCUCCUUGCAUGCCUUACAUCGGUGAUCUUAUAAUCAGACUUCUCGGUCUCCAUGUAUCUCAAUAUUUCGAGGAAAAUAUCGUAUCGACUAAUUCGAAAUAUUUUCUAUCGAAAAACAUUACGACUUUACCAAUAUCGACUUCCAUGAAAACUUUACAAGAUAAAUCUUUCGAGAAAAAUUAUACGAACUCUCCUAUCGAUUCCAACGAGCAAAAACAAAAUUUAAGUACACGUAUUCUCUUAGCUACUCUAGCAAAAUUCAAUUACACGAAAUAUCGAAAUAUCAUAAAUAAAGAAGAAGAUUUUUCGAUUGCAUUCAGACAAUGGCAAUUGGCACGAAAAUAUUUCGAUCGUUGGAAUUAUAUAACCUUAAAAUCAACGAUCAAAAAACAAGACGAAGAGAGAUUAAAGAAAAUGAAUUUGAAAAGUAAACGAGUCCUUGAUUUAUCGAUUUGGUUAGGUGAUUGUCAAAGAUUUGCACGAGGAUACAAUUUUACGAGAGAUUCGCUCGCUUGUGAAUUUUUGUUAAAAGCACGUUAUAGAGAGGAUCGUGAAAAUUUUUUUAUCAGCUUGAAACUUGAACCUCCUGAUACUUGAGAGAAAAAAAAAACGAACGACGGUGAUCAUGAUGAUUAAAACUUAUCUUUGUAAUAAUCUAAUCAACGUCAGCAUAAUUUCUUAUCCUUUUACGAAAGACCAUUCUAAC